AUGGAAGUUCUAAAUGCUAUAGGCCUCACUCCAUUAGCCUCGCUCCACAAGGCCGCUUCCUCUUCCUCCUCCCCCGGAAAAAGGGUCGAGGCCAGACGGUCGCUUCUACCCCUCAGGAUCCGUAACCUCGCCGCCCUCUCGUCCGUUCUCGGCGCCGGAGGGCUCACCAGAGCCUUGACCUAUGAGGAAGCGCUAAACCAGACCUUCGGCAGCUUCUCCCCCUUCCCGGACUUCGAUCUCAGCGGGCUCCUCGACGGGAUCGUGAGCUUCGUCACCAACAACCCUCUCGUCGUCGUCGACGCUGGGUUGCCACUGGCGGUGCCGCUCGUUAUUUCUCAGGUGUUGAAUCUGGCGCAGAGCUGGGGGGUGGAGUCCGCCAAGGGGGCCAUCAAUGGCAGAUGGCUUUGGCGGAGCCGGCGAUGA